AUGUUUUGUAGCAAACUCAACUCAAAAGCGUCAGACUAUUUAAAUAUACUUGAUGUGUCAUCAUGCUCCAAUAAAUCCCGUGGAUCGUUUAAAGAAAAUCAACCUGAUAAUAGAAAUUUUACUCCCAAGAACCCUAGUAACAGGCCUUAAACAGCUAGACUUGACUAUUCCAAUCCACAAAAAGUUAAAUAGUUUUUAAACAAUUUGGUUUAGGAUGAAGUUAACAAAGCUACAACAUAGUUGUUUGGAUAAAAUGUACUUAAAAAAAAAGAAAAUUAGAUUUGUGAUAACAAAGGGGAUGGCUAAUUUUCAAGUCGAACUAGUUAUUUGGUCAAAUAAAAUACCCCUAAAAACAAUGAAACCUUUCUGAAAUCAACAUUUAUUGCUCCAGAAUAGAAUAGAGAGUUGGAUCAUCGAUACUUCCAAAAUCUCUAUUAUCAAUAUAACAAGAAAAAUGAUUAGUCUUCUUCCUCUUCAAAUUCAAAAGGAAAUUUAAAAAGUUGUUAAAAUACCCUUAAUCAACUAACUAAAUAGAAUAACUAAAAGCAUUCCACCCCUAUACGUCAAAAUACAAUUAACAAUGAGAAUAUCAAUACAAUUAAUAUGCUCCUAAAUAGUAAUCAGAAAAACGCACCUUAAAAUUUGAAUACAAAAAAUCAAAACAGCAGUUCGAAAAAAACAUACCCACAAAUGAUUAAUAAAUCAUAUUUAGAAUCUUUCAACAGUCUAAAAUAAAAAUUAGAUAACACAAUUUAAUCUAAAUAAUCUUCAAGCAAGAAGAAUAUGGAAAAGGUUAUCAACAUUUCACCUCUCAAUUCUCCAAAAUUAAAAGGAGAUAGUUCAAACAAUUAUUCUUAGUGCAAUGAUUAAACAUUUCAAUAAAGCAUAAUUAAGUUACUCCUUGAAAAAGAACAAUUAUGGAAUGACAUUUUCCAUCUGAUUGAAAGUUCAACCUACUCCAAUUUGAUUUAAAAAAGUGACUAACUAUUAAAUUUAAUAACUUAGAUUAACGAGAGAUAAAACAGUGAAUAUUUAUUUAAAAUUGAGCCAAAGAUACUUGAGACCUUAUUGUAUGAAUCCUAGGCUAAUUUUAUAUUAAUAAGUGAAUCUUAAGAUCAGGAUAGAAAUGAAGACCAUAAUGUCAAAAACCUUAUCCAAUAUAUUUUGAAUAGCAAUCUUUAUGUUUUCUAAGUAUUGCAGGGAACCACACUUAAUCAUUAAGUUUAAAAUUCUAUAAAGCAAAGAAUUGAACUUAGAUGUUAGAAUUCUAGAAAAUAAAGCACUAAAGGAAGCCAAGGAUUACAGAAAAAUAACUUUAUUAUCAAGUCCAUUUUAGGAUUAAUGAUUGACGAAAUAGUUCGUCCCGAAAUUCAAUUGAAUAUUUCAAACAUAGCAAAUACUUUAGAUUAAUUUCUUGCCCAAUAGAGAAAACUAUGUAGUUUAAUAGAAAAAUUGAUUCCUCAAAAAAUGGGAAAGGUGGGAAAUGGAAAUCAAAAAGAGUAUACUUUGGUUCUAGAUUUGGAUGAAACAUUGGUGCAUUAUCAAGAAUUUCCGAAAGGAGGUGGAUAAUUUUUAGUUAGACCUUUCGCUGAAGAAUUCUUAGAAGCUUUAUCAAAAUAUUAUGACAUUGUAAUUUUCACUGCAGCUUUGCCAGAUUAUGCUAAUUUUAUAAUAGACAUAAUAGACAAAAAUGAAGUUGUUCAAUAAAGACUGUAUAGAGAUUAAACUGUUUUUAAAGAUGAAGUUUACAUCAAAGAUCUUUCAAUUUUAAAUAAAAAUCUAUCCAAAGUUAUUAUUGUUGACAAUAUGCCUGAAAACUUUUAAUUACAACCAGAGAAUGGAAUUUAUAUUUAAAGUUGGUUUGGAGAUGUUAAAGAUAGAGCAUUGAAAGAUCUUCAGCCACUUCUUGAAUGUAUAUUAAUCAUAUUAAUUAAUAGAAAUUGCUAUAAAAAAGUGCAAAGAUGUAAGAGUGGCUUUGAAUUAAUUUAGAGAACAGAUGAUAGAAAAAGUUUAAUAGGGAAUUAAAAAUCCAUAUUAAUGUCUUUAAUUGAAUUGAAAUAUUAUCAAUUUUGUUAUUGGAAUUAGAAUAUUUUAUUUUUGGCCAUAAAAUUCAUGUUAUUAUUUGUUGAAAUUAGCUUAAUUUCUUGA